UUUAACUUUAGCUCUUUGGCUCUAUGCGUCUCUUCUCCGUCUGCAAGACUAGAAUCAGCGCUGCGACGCACCGGACGCGCUCGUGCACCCGGUUCUCUGUUCUAGUCAUGAUGUUGUGGGUUUUAAUCCUCCCGGCGCUCACUGCAGCCGCCGUCUCGCGCGUCCAGCGCUCCUGUGGCCCAUGUGAGCCGAGCUCGUGCGCCGCGCUGCCGGUCACCGGGUGCGCGUUCCGUGUGAUGGACGCGUGCGGAUGCUGCGAGCUGUGCGCCGCCGGAGAGGGAGAGACGUGCGGGAUGCGCGGGUCCGUGGUUACGCGCUGCGCGCCCGGUCUCGAGUGCGUGAAACCGCAUCAGGACAAGAAAAAGGCGAAGAAAAAGUCCGAGCCAGGCGUGUGCACGUGUAAAAACGGUGACUACGAGGUGUGCGGCUCGGACGGUGUGGAGUACCGGAGCGUGUGCGAGCUGAGAGCAGCGAGUGCGUCGGCGGAGCGUCAAGAAAAACCCGGGAUUAAAGUGCAAAACAAGGGCAAGUGCGCUAAAGCUCCUGUGAUAGUCACGAGUCCGGGUCAUGUCUGGAACGUCACCGGUGCUCAGGUGUACCUCAGCUGCGAGGCCAUCGGUGUCCCCACCCCGGUGCUUAGCUGGAGGAAGAUCACAGGCAAUAACCAGAAGUCACAGCUGCUCCCUGGAGAUGAAGACAACCUCGCCAUCCAGAUGAGAGGAGGCCCGGAGAAGCACGAGGUCACCGGAUGGGUUCUGAUCUUUCCCCUCACAAAGGACGUAGCCGGGACUUACGAAUGUCACGCCACCAACACCAUGGGUGAAGCCUCGGCCACAGGCACCAUCCACGUGGUCGAGUCCGUCGACGACAUUCCCUCCCCAAAGGGUGAGAUGGCAGGAUUUCAUUUACAUCGAAACAAACCCAAUCAUUCUUCUGUCUUUCAGAGCAGCGCGGCCCGUGACACGCGUUCAGACACGUGAGCAUUUUUCCUCGUGUCGGAACACGCAAACGGCUGCCUGAACAAUCUGAUGAGACCGCAGUUGAUUUAGAGUCCCUGAUUAAAAUCAAGAGCUGUUUCACUCACAAAAUUCCACCAACAAUUAGAUGUUAAACAGGUUUUAGGGCUUAAACCGAAUGUCUGAUGUUAUACUCGCUCUAAUGGAUCCGAGUGGAAGCUUUUACUGGUUUAAUGUUCAAAUGUUUAAUUUAUUAUACAAAAAAAAAAAAAAAAAAGCACAUGAGCAGAGUUGACCUCAUAGCACUCCGGUGAAAACCUAGAAAAAACAAAUUGGAGAAGGAUUUCAAUGAAUUUCAGUCCCGAAUACAUCAACCUCAAACACAACAAACUAGAAGAAUCUCCCCAUGAUACAUGCCUUACCUUCUGACCCCUUUCUCACCCCAAGUAAGCGUAGGUGAGAAGCUAUAAGCAGAACAAAGAGCUAGCAUCCAGCUAUUCCAGCAGGGAGAAGCAGUAAAGAUCAUAAAAUUACCCCCCAAUUUAAAAAGAAAGGACACCAUUAGGCUCAAUGCAGCUUUUUAAAUCCAAAACCCCGCCCCUUUUACUGUGUCUCUGCAUCCCUAUUGGUCAGGUCGUUUGUGCCCUGUGCACUCUGAUUAGUCAGGCCAUGUCAAUAAGGAUUGUUUAGUGUGUAGGAGAAGAGCAGGGAAAAUACACGUGUGAGAGAGAGAGAGAGAGAGAGAGAGAGAGAGAGAGAGAGAGAGAACACAAACAUUCAUAGCUGCUAUAAUGUCAGUAGUAACAAUAAGCUGCUACUGAAUGUAAACAGAAAUGGAUAAAAAUAUAUUUUCUCAGAUUAAAAAAAAAGAAAUACUUAGUCUAAUGUGUGUGUGUGUGUGUGUGUGUGUGUGUGUGUGUGUGUGUGUGUGUGUGUGUGUGUGUGUAGUGGCCCAGGAUGAUGAGCUGUAAGAAGGGUGUGUGUGUUCACCCCGACGCCACCUCCUGGAAGAUAAGGACUGGGAUCGAACAGAGAA